AUGCAGGUGCUUUCGCAGUUUGCAAUCAAACGCGGCGGGUUGUUACAUUUUUGGACCGGCGGAAGAGUGGCUCCCGGCGCGAACAUGACUUGGGACGAUGGUCAACCCUCCACCAUUGCCAAUUGGGCCAGGCUUUUUGGCGUUCAGAAACCGGACAACGUGAAAACGGAGCCAUGUAUUGAGGUGAUGACAUUUGCGCCUUACAAGUCCCAAUGGAACAAUGACCCCUGCUUCUGGCUGAAACCCGCUAUUUGCAAGCGUGCAUUCUCUGGA